AUGAAAGAUGAUCCCUUUGAUGAUGUUGUAAUUUUGAAUUGUUGUGGUGGUUUACUUCUUUGUCGUAAGAGGCUAUUCGAUGAGUACAUUGUGUGUAAUCCAACUACAAAGGAAUUCCAUACUCUUCCGAGUCCAAAUGUGGGGUCACUAGACAUGAGUUUGGCCUUUGAUCAUUCGAUAUCGCCUCAUUACAGAGUUAUAAAUGUUGGGAUCCAAUUCUCGCGUAAUUCCAAAUAUAGUUUAUGUUAUUGUCUCCCUAUUGAAAUAUACUCUUCAGAUACCAACUCAUGGAGGCGAUCACGAGUCCAGUUCCCAAAAGCAUUUUUGAGCUAUUUGGGACAAUGUAAGGGAGUUUUCUUCAAUGGAGCUAUCUUUUGGAUCUUUAGAGGGGUAAAUAGCUUUUGUUAUUUUGAUAUUGAUAAGGAAAUUAUCCACUCUUAUCAAUUACCUAAAAUGAAUGAACAGUAUUAUUGUGGAUGCGUCCACGGGAAUUUACAUCUGGUUGGCUCUUCAGUCAGUGAUCCACAUCAUAUUGAUGUCUUUGUAUUGGAAAAUGACUACUCUUCUUGGAGCGCAAAGUAUUGCAUUGAUCAACAUGAACCAACUUCAUGUGCAAUUCGAGAAAUGAUUUGUAGUUCACCGGGACUUACUUCUCUUGAGUUUACAUUUAGUGUGCUUUCUCUUAUGACAAGUGAAGGAAAUAACAAGCUACCAUAUUUGAUUCUUUACAUGCCUUGCAAAGUUGAGUUAACAGUAAAAGGUAGGAGUUGUGAGAAGUUGCCAUUACCAUCAGUUGAUCAUUUCUUCGACAAUCCAUUCUGGAUAGGAAGCAAAUUGAACUGA